AUGGAUAAGUUUCUUUACCAUAGGAAACUCUGGGAGAUGAAGGUUAGGCUUUUAGGAGAGACUAAGGUUGAGAAACUUAGGAACUCCUUUGUUUCUAGGUCUCGUACGAGCCUGUGGAUGAUUCGUGCUGUUACCAUAUUGUUGCUUUGGAGUUGUUGCGUUCAUUUGAUGGCUUUGGGAGAGAUGUGGGGACCGAGAUUGUUCAAAGGUUGGCCAUCUUGUUUUAAUCAGCAUGAACUGUCCACUGUUGCAGAGAUGAGGUCUCUCCCUACUAAGAUCGCCCUUCCGCCUAAAAGGGUAUAUCACAACAAUGGUUAUCUUAUGGUUUCCUGCAAUGGAGGACUCAAUCAAAUGCGAGCAGCUAUAUGCGAUAUGGUGACUGUUGCAAGAUACAUGAAUGUCACACUUGUUGUGCCUGAGCUUGACAAGACCUCGUUUUGGAACGAUCCAAGUGAGUUUAAAGACAUAUUCGAUGUGGAUCACUUCAUAACUUCGUUAAGGGAUGAAGUUCGAAUACUUAAACAGUUGCCUCCAAGGAUUAAGAAAAGAGUUGAGCUUGGAAUGUACCACGAAAUGCCUCCUAUUAGCUGGUCAAACAUGUCUUACUACCAAAAUCAGAUUCUUCCACUGGUUAAGAAGCACAAGGUGUUACACCUUAACAAAACAGAUUCAAGACUCGCUAAUAAUGGACUGCCUCUGGAGGUUCAGAAGCUGAGGUGCAGAGUGAAUUUCAAUGCGCUUAAGUUUACUCCUCAAAUUGAAGAAUUAGGUAGACGAGUGGUCAAGAUUCUGAGAGAGAAAGGACCCUUUCUCGUUCUCCAUCUCAGAUACGAGAUGGAUAUGUUAGCAUUUUCCGGCUGCUCACAUGGUUGCAACCCUGAGGAAGAAGAAGAACUAACAAGAAUGAGAUAUGCUUAUCCAUGGUGGAAAGAGAAAGUUAUAAACUCUGAGGUGAAGAGGAAGGAAGGCCUUUGCCCUUUAACACCCGAGGAAACUGCUCUCACGCUUACUGCUUUGGGCAUUGACCGUAACGUUCAACUUUACAUAGCUGCUGGAGAGAUCUACGGUGGUGAGAGGCGGAUGAAGGCUUUAACAGACGCAUUUCCAAAUGUGGUCCGGAAAGAAACGCUACUUGAUUCCUCUGAUCUUGAUUUUUGUCGGAACCAUUCAUCUCAAAUGGCUGCACUUGAUUACCUAGUGGCUGUUGAGAGCGAUAUAUUUGUUCCAACUAAUGAUGGGAACAUGGCGAGAGUCGUUGAAGGUCAUCGCAGGUUCUUGGGAUUUAAGAAGACAAUUCAGCUGAAUAGGAAGUUCCUAGUUAAGUUGAUAGAUGAAUAUAACCAAGGAUUGUUGACUUGGGAUGUGUUCUCUUCCAUGGUAAAGGCGUUUCACUCUACUCGUAUGGGAAGCCCUAAGAGACGGUUAGUGAUUCCUAAUAAACCGAAGGAAGAGGACUACUUCUACGCAAACCCACAAGAAUGUCUGCAGCUGUUAGAUGAACCAUUGAGAGUCAUUUGAAUAAGAUGACUUCAUCAUUGGGGAGAGAUAAGCUCUAGUUUACACUCUGAAAGAUGAAGUUACAGUGUGUUUUUACAGAUUUAAGUUACUUAGGGUUCUUGGUGAAUAGAUUUCUGAAAAGGUUUCCAUGGAUGGAGAGGAAAAAAAUGUUGAUUGAAGCUUACAUUGUAAAGUUUGGCAUCCAUGGCCUUGCCAGUUUUGUUAGCUAAAUAAAAAGUGCCAUUUUAUGUAAAUAAAAGCCUGUUACAUUAAUAUUAUAUAUAUAUAUAUUCCAG